AUGUCCGACUUCGAGGACUAUGCAUACUCACCUUACGAUGACAUUGAAGAUAUUCUGUACGACGCAGAUCCGGCGCCAGAGUUAGCCGACGACCUCGCUGAGCACGCCGUCCACAGUCCCAUCUACGAGGGUGAAAUUGCCGGCUCCGAGCUUCAAGACUACUUCAGUGACUGGGAAUACUAUUCGGACGAUUACAUGGAUGAUGACCCCGUGUUGCUGAAACAAAAUCCCCAAGCUGGAAGUCCCCUUAGUCGAUCCUCCAGAAAGGAAAACGAUAAGAAUGGAAAGCCAAAGAGAGGGAAGAAGCGAAAACUGAACGAGACGCCAGGAAAAUCCCUUGCGGAUGCCCAAGAUGUGGACUUGAUAAGCCGCUGUAUCAAGGGCACGGUUUGGGCGAAACCUGCCACAGUUGGACCCCCAUGUUACAAGGAGGGCCAACAGCUCAAAGUGGCGCUGAUGAAAAACUGGAGGGAAGUUUUCGCUAUUACGGAUAGCGGCUGGGGUCGAAGCCAGCGCGAUAUCAAUGAGGACGAGUCCUGGGCAAAAGAUAUGAGUUUGGAAGAUAUGGGUUUAAAGAAUGUCCAAGGACAGCCGUUUGAACAAAAUGGAGAACACCAAGAGUCUGUAUACGAUGAUAACGGCCAAGAUGAAGAAGAGAUUGCCGGGGGUGAGAUUGAGGAAGACGCGUCGAACGAAUCUCCUAGCACUGCUCUUCCAGUUGGCUCGGAUGGAGUUAGUGACGACGAGCUUCCCCGAAAGCGACGUCGACUCAAACCGGACCACCCGUCGCUGUCCACCUUAAGCCCAUCGACCCUGUUUGAUACCAAGAACAUCGACGCAAGCUCUACCGACAGAGCAAGUCUUUCUUCUCGGGAAUCCGCCGACAAGCCGCCGGAUCAUGCCACCGCCAAUGACAGCCAUUCCAAACCAGAAAAGCCAUCGGCCGUCAAGGAGUUGAGCUCCAACGAUAGCAGGAAACGAAAGGCCCUAGAAGAAGUAUACGUCGAGGAGGCAGGCCCUCUCAAAUCCACCGCGAGCAGUCGAGCGAAGAGAGUGGCAUCAACGAACUCCAAGAGCGCUUCAACAGCACCUACAAGCUCCAGGCGAACACGGAACGGUGGAAAUUGA